UGGUGGAACCAGAGGUCUUGCCUCUCCUCGAAGGCCGCUGAAGCUGACCAGGGCUGUGAAGAAAACAUACAAUUAUGUUUCCCUGUCAAAGAAGGGACACUGAAGAAUUUGAAAGCAUCACAGAGGACCCUGGAGAACCUGAAAGCACCCCAAGGGACCCUGAAGGAUUUGAAAGCACCCCAAGGGACCCUGAAGGAUUUGAAAGCACCCCAGGGGACCCUGAAGGAUUUGAAAGCACCCCAGGGGACCCUGAAAGAUUUGAAAGCACCCCAGGGGACCCUGAAGGAUUUGAAAGCACCCCAGGGGACCCUGAAGGAUUUGAAAGCUCCCCAACAGAGGAAGAACAUUUAGCAGCUUAUUCCUUUGAUGAUGACUUUCAGCAUCCCAUGGUUUCGCAGAGGAGUGAAGAACUGCGUUCAACAUCUGAUUCAUGUCGGGAGAGAAGUCCUGUAGAACUGUUUGCAGAUCCAGGGGAAAAGGUGGAGGUUAUCCUUGGAAGAAUUGGAGUUGACAUUAACCGUGCUCUUAGUGCUAAGAGACAAAGAAUGGAGACAACUGCCAGACAGUCUUUUGAAGGAGUUGAGCAGAAAAUGAAAGAAGUUUGGAACUCCCAUGAAGAUGCAAUGGCACAGCUUAAUGAAGAGUCUGCUCAGGCAUUUGCAAAUCUGUUUGAGCAAUGGAAUGAGGAUUUUAAGAAAUUCCAAGAACAACACGAGAAACUUGUGAAUGAUUUUAAGCAACAGGAGAAGAUUUUUCAACGAGCUAGAUUUGUUCAGAACCAGAGAAUUAGAACAAUUAAAGAAAUACAUGAACAAUUCUUACAGAAAUUGGAAGACCUGGAGAACAGGAAUGAUGUUCUGCUUACUAGAACACAAAAUGAACUUAAGGAUGAAAUUAAUGAUCUGCAGAAAAAAAUUUUGAGAGAAUCUGAUGAGGAGAUGGCAAAGGCCGACCAGUCUAUGCACUUUUGAUGGGAAGAAUUUUUGAAGAAGGAACUUAAACUGAAGUGAUACAGUUCAAAUGCCAGCGAGGAGCCAUGCUUGAAGACAAGUACUAGGAUAAAUGAUGAGAUCAUUAGUCAUUAGUUUGUCUCCCUUGUCAUUUAUUUAGAAUAAAAUCCAGUUA